AAACAUCAAAAGAUUGAGAACACUAAAUUACAAAAUUUUGUAAUAAACGAAAAGAAGGCCACGGAACCCGCCACUUGAUUCGCAUAAACUGAUAAACUAAAUGCCCAUUUGUUGAAGCAACAAACAAAACACAAAAUUGAAGUUAGAAAAUUGACAAAAUCCCAGAUUUCAAAGUAUGAGAGAGGAGCAACAACACCCAUUGUUGCUCCACCCCAAUAACCCCAACAAUAUGGUUAAUGGAAGAAUCACAAAUACAGAUGAUUUGAUUGGAGAAGAGAGAAAGACAUGGGAAGAGCUCAAAAAGAUAUGGAAGAUUGCUGGGCCUUCCAUCUUUUGCCGUUUUGCUAUGUUUUCUCUUACUAUUAUCACUCAAUCUUUGGCUGGUCAUUUGAGUGACCUUGAUCUUGCUGCUUUUUCCAUUGCUACCACCUUUCUUAUCUCCAUUAGCUUCGGUUUCUUGAUAGGAAUGGCAACUGCAUUGGAGACAUUAUGUGGGCAAGCCUAUGGUGCUAGACAGCACCACAUGCUAGGCCUCUACGUGCAGCGCUCAUGUGUAGUUCUCUCUUUUUGUGCAAUUCUUUUGCUUCCCAUGUUCAUAUUUGCUGCACCUCUACUGAAGAUUCUUGGCCAAUCAGCUGAAGUGGCAGAACGAACUGGCUUAGUGGCAAGAUGGUUGAUCCCCAUGCACCUGAGCUUUGUAUUUCAAUUCUCAUUUCAGAGAUUCUUGCAGAGUCAACUAAAAAUGGCUAUUAUUGCUUGGUCUUCUGCUGUGGCUCUGGGAGUUCAUGCCAUUAUUAGCUGGCUUUUUGUUUAUAAGCUUGGCGUUGGUAUAAUUGGGACUGCCCUUACUCUUGAUUUUUCUUGGUGGCUCUCAGUUUUUAUAAUGUAUGGGUAUGUUCUUUAUGGUGGGUGUCCUAAGACAUGGAGUGGUUUCUCAUGGCUUGCUUUUACUGAUUUGUGGGACUUCUUCAAGCUUGCCUUGGCUUCUGGUGUCAUGGUCCUAUUGGAAAAUGUCUAUUAUCGGUUGCUGGUUAUAGCGUCUGGGGAUGCUGGAAGCUCACAUGUUGCUGUUGAUGCUCUCUCUAUAUGUGUGACUCUGUUUGGCUGGGAGUCUAUGGUUCCUCUUGGAAUACUUGCUGCCACUGGCGUUCGAGUAGCCAUUGAGUUGGGAGCAGGAAAUGUCAGUGGUGCCAAGUUUGCAGCCAAAGUGUGUAUGCUGACAUCGUUAAUCAUAGGACUGAUAUUCUCCUCACUGGUGUUAGCUAUCCCAGACAAACUAGCAAUGAUUUUCACACCUAAUUCAUCCGUGAUUUCUGUUGUCUGCAAGUUAGCAUAUCUGCUGGCUCCCACCAUUUUCCUGAAUAGCAUCCCUCCAGUUCUUUUAGGCAUAGCAGUUGGAUCAGGUUGGCAAGCGUUGGCAGCAUAUAUAAACAUCGGGAGCUAUUACUUGGUGGGCUUCCCUCUUGGGAUUUUUAUAGGACGGGUGCUUAACUUUGGAUACAUGGGAAUUUGGGCUGGAAUGCUUGGUGGGAGUGUGAUACAGAUAUUGCUUCUGGCCAUCGUUGCAGUCAAAUAUGGAUGGGAAAAGGAGGUUCAGAAAGCUCGCGGCAAACACACUUUUAUGGAUAAAGCUGUAGAUGACUAGACAUUUUGAUCUGCUCAAUGUGUUUUGUUAUCCAUCUUAGGUGGCAGGUGCCAUGGUUUGGCCUAUGACUUUGACUAUUUUUAAAAGUCAUGCAGAACUGAAGCAAAACCGAUCUUGCUGUUAGGAUGAUUAAAUAUUUAAAUGAUUGCUACACUCAAAUUCUUACUUAGACAAUACGGGUACUAGUUAUACAUCUGCAUUAGCAUUCAUUUCCUUCCAAUUGUAAAUUGUAACUGGUUUUAUUUUUUGUUUCUUAAAAUUAUUGAUACUGUUGUAAUACAGAGUAUAGUUAUGGGAAAAUUGUAAAAAAAAAAAAGCCCUCCAUAACCUUCUUUUAUCCUUCCAUGAACUAGUUCUGUAUAA